AUGCAACAUUUAAAAGGAGCGUCUAGAGAACUAUAUGGAUAUAAUGUAGGAACUCGAACGCACCGGGAACAAAAAAUCAAUCAAUGGGGCCGCGGUGACCCGAGCACAUUAGAUAUUGUUGACAAAACUUCCUCCUCAAUUAAUAUGCAUCAUCAGUUCAUUGGCUCCGAGUUAGACAGGGAUGGACGGGCUAGCGCCGUUUGGACAACGCACGACGCAUUCGGUGAGAGCUGGUUUGGACGACCGCCGUCGCGCAUUCCCAUGCAAGGUAUGCCCGCGGGAGCUAUGUCGGCAAUUUAA